AUGAGUGAUUCAAUCGAUUAUACUAAAUCUUAAGAUGAACACAUCAUUGAAUCCUCAGUUUCUUUGAUAAACAAGACCCAUUGGACAAGGAAAAAUUACAUUGGUAGAUUGGAAACAAGAUUUUACAUACCAUUUGAAAUAAAAUAAUUUAGCAAAGCCUAAUUCGAUCAAUGUCAAAAAGAAUACCUGGAAGACAGGAAAUUUAGAUAACAGUAUAAAUUCGAUUUAAAUCUAAAAUUCUAAUAGGAAUGA